AUGGCGAACCUGCUAAGAUCGCAAGUUCCAUCUAACGAGUUUGAAAAUGAGAAUAGAAAAAUUGAUUUUAAUCUCCUAUUUGUAUCCUGCACAAAAGUGCACCUUGCUAAGCGCCUUCAUGCCCUUCUUGUGGUGUCGGGGAAAGUCAAAGACAUGUUUCUUUCUACCAGGCUUGUUAAUCUAUAUUCUUACUUUGGCGAUGUAUCAUUAUCUCGUCGUACUUUUGAUCAGCUGCCAGAGAAGGACAUCUAUACAUGGAAUUCCAUGAUAUCUGCUUACGUACGCACUUCUCGUUUCCGUGAAGCUUUACAUUGUUUUUAUCAGCUUUCAUCUGCUUCUGGUUUUCAACCUAAUUUCUACACUUUUCCUCCUGUCUUGAAAGCUUGUGGAAAUCUGGUUGAUGGGAAGAAGAUACAUUGUCAGGUUCUGAAGUUGGGUUGUCAAUGGGAUAUUUAUGUUGCUGCAUCCUUGAUCCAUAUGUAUUCACGGUUCGGAUUUGUUGGUAUUGCACGUAAAUUGUUCAAUGAAAUGCCAAUAAGAGAUACAGGUUCUUGGAAUUCAAUGAUUUCUGGAUUUUGUCAAAAUGGGAAUGUUAAAGAAGCGUUAGAUGUCAUGAAUGAAAUGAGGUUGGAGGGGGAAAAUAUGGAUCCAGUAACUGUUGCAAGUCUGCUUACUGUUUGUGCUCAAUCGGGUGACAUAUUAAAUGGAAUGCUUAUCCAUUUGUAUGCCAUUAAGCAAGGGUUGGAACUUGAUUUAUUUGUAUCCAAUGCGUUGAUUAACAUGUAUGCCAAAUUCGGUUGGUUGGCCAAUGCUCGAAGGGUCUUUGAUCAAAUGGUUGUAAGAGAUUUGGUUUCGUGGAACUCAAUAAUUUCUGCAUAUGAGCAGAAUGAUGAUCCAAUAAGUGCACUCAGAUUCUACAAAAAUAUGCAACAAAUUGAAAUUCAGCCUGAUUUGUUAACAUUGUUAAGUUUAGCUUCUAUUGUGUCUCAAUUAGCCGAUAGUCGAAAGAUUAGGUCUGUUCAUGGAUUCAUUUUAAGGAGAAGUUGGCUUAUGCAAGAUGUCGCCAUUGGAAAUGCAGUUGUUGACAUGUAUGCAAAAUUGGGUGGAAUAGAUUCUGCCCGUAUUGUUUUUGAAGGGCUUCCUACCAAAGAUGUGGUCUCGUGGAAUACUUUGAUCACAGGUUAUUCUCAAAAUGGUCUUGCAAGUGAGGCAAUUGAAGUAUACAACAUAAUGGAAGAGCACGAGGCAAUAAUUCCAAAUCAAGGAACAUGGGUGAGCCUUCUACCAGCUUAUUCUCAUCUAGGAGCCCUGCAACAAGGGAUGAAAAUUCAUGGGCGGGUGAUAAAAAACUAUCUUCAUAUGGAUGUCUUUGUGGGGACUUGCUUGAUUGACAUGUAUGGAAAAUGUGGUAGAUUAGAUGAUGCAUUGUCGUUGUUCUACCAAGUGCCUCGGAAGAACUCGGUGCCUUGGAAUGCCAUUAUAUUCUGUCAUGGAAUUCAUGGACAUGGCAAGAAAGCUCUUAAGUUGUUCGAAGAAAUGGUAGAUAAGGCGGUGAAUCUGGAUCACAUAACGUUUGUAUCUUUAUUGUCUGCUUGUAGCCAUUCAGGCUUGGUCGAUGAGGGGAAACAUUACUUUCAUGUGAUGCAGGAAGAAUAUGGGAUUAAGUCGAGUUAUAAGCACUAUGGCUGCAUGGUAGAUUUGCUCGGUAGAGCUGGUCAUUUAGAGGCAGCAUAUGAUUUUAUAAAGAAUAUGCCCAUACAGCCCGAUGCUUCUAUUUGGGGUGCUCUUCUCGGCGCUUGUAGAAUACAUGGAAAUGUUAAGUUGGGUAAAUUUGCUUCAGAUCGCUUGUUUGAAGUUGAUUCAGAAAAUAUUGGUUACUAUGUCCUGUUAUCAAAUAUUUAUGCAAAUUUUGGGAAAUGGGAAGGUGUUGAUAAAGUUAGAUCACUAGCUAUGGACCGUGGAUUAAGGAAGACUCCUGGGUGGAGCUCCAUUGAAAUCAACAAGAAGGUUGAUGUCUUUUAUACUGGGAACCAAACCCACCCGAAAUACCAGGAGAUAUGCAUAGAGUUAAGGGCUAUGACUGCUAAGAUGAAAAGCCUCGGUUACAUUCCUGACUACAGCUUCGUGUUGCAGGAUGUUGAAGAGGAUGAGAAGGAGCAAAUUCUCACGAGUCAUAGUGAGAGAUUAGCCAUUGCUUUUGGAAUUAUCAGCACUCCUCCAAAAACUACAAUUAGGAUUUUCAAGAACUUGAGGGUCUGUGGUGACUGUCACAACGCAACUAAGUACAUAUCCACAAUAAGCGAGAGGGAGAUUAUUGUGAGGGAUUCUAAUCGUUUCCAUCAUUUCAAGGAUGGAACUUGCUCUUGUGGGGAUUAUUGGUGACAUUAUUUAUCAAUAUAAGCUACUAAUGAAUUCUCUCUUUUCCAUUUGAAUUUUUUGUUUUUCGUUUUUUAUUUCUGUUGUGUGUCUCAAUUACGUUCUCGCAUGAGAAUCGGACGGAACAAGCACCGUAUUUAUUGAAAAGAAGUUGGGGUUUUGGCUGUUCAUUGGGUCCUUUACUGACUUUUUCUACUUU